AUGCCUUCCACAGUUGUAGUUCUUUUGGUUAGUGACGAAUACUGCACGUCGAAGGGCGGAAUCUCCACCAUCAACCUAGACAUCGCGCGUAAGCUCACCGCCGCCGGCGCCCUGGUCUACGUCACCGUGUUGACGGCAAGUCAAGAAGAUGAGAAGGAUGCAGAACGAGACAGAGUGAUACUCCUUAAACCUGUUCUUGAUCCCAGCAGCAGCAUGAAGCCGUCCUUAGAGUGGCUGACCGUGUACCACAAACACCACUUUCCUCAUCUUCCGGCAACUAUCAGCUGCAUCGUGGGCCAUGUCCCCAUCACAAGCACGGCAGCGAGAAGGAUCAAAGAAGAGCGAUUCCAACAAGCCAAACUCGCCAUGUUCGGUCACGUCAUGCCAGAGGAGACGGAGCCCUACAAGAGUGACGAGAAGGCCCUGGGUGUGGGGAAGAAGGAAGCCAGCAUCCAGAACGACAUUGGUAAGGCUGAUGUCGUCUUCUCGGUAGGAGCGCGCAUUUACCGCCACUACGCCAGGUUCCUCCGUCAGCGUCACGUGGAUCACCACAUUUUCCUACCCGAGCCUUCAAAGGUGUUCAGUGAUGCAAAUGUGAUCUUUGGUGAAGAAGAUAACGUCCAAAAGCCAGAGAGAGUGAUUCUGUCCAUCGGCAGGGUGCGGAAUGUGGAGAGGCUGAAAGAGAAGUGGGCAGACUGCAUCGAGGAUUUCAUCACAAAUGCCAAGUCAGAGUUUGCGGAAGCUCGCGCUUUCAAGCAGAAACUGCUGGCCUCCAAGUACUGGGAAGAGUCUCAUCAGAAGUUCCUGCACGCUUGUGGCAUCUCUGACGACUCCAGUACCCAAGCACAAGGAGGAGGUGCUGAGGCUGAUGACUCGGACUGA